AUGCCAGUCUCUACAGAUUCUACGCUAUCGUCGUCAACACCACCCUCGCCAUCUAAACUGGCCACCACAACAACUCAAGAAGAACCAAUAAAAUCGUCUUCGCCUACAACUAUAGUCCAAACUUCAGACCAAGAUAUAGUUCAAAUAGUUAAAAAUGACGACACAACCCCAGAUAAACAGGAACAGAAGCUACAAGAUGACCAACAAAAACAAGACCCUCCACAACAAUCAGUUCCCCUGAAGCGACCAGACCCAAAACCCUUAUCAGAAGAAGAAAUUAAUGAGCGUUCUUUUACUUAUCUCGUCGAAAAUGUUCCAUCAAAAGAAACUCGCAAGAAACAAGAUAUGGCUAAACGAUUUAGAUAUCUCCUCGGCCUUACUGACCUCUUUCGCCAUUUUAUCGACAUUCGCGCGAAAAACGACCCUGAAAUUAAAAAAAUUCUGCGCGACAUUGACCGCGCAAACUCAGCUCAAGCCUCUGGCUCUCGUCGUAAAACCCGCCGCAGCUCUUCUUCAGCUUCUUCGCGUCGCCGUAAAACAGAAAAGGAAGAAGACGCAGAACUUCUUCUUGAAGAGGAAGAUGAAGACCCAGAUGAAAACACAAUCUUUACCCAAUCCCCAUCAUACAUUCAGGGAACACUUAGAGAAUACCAAAUCCAAGGUCUCAACUGGCUUGUCUCGCUCCACGAAAACUCCAUCUCGGGAAUACUUGCAGACGAAAUGGGUCUCGGUAAAACCCUUCAAACAAUCUCUUUUCUCGGCUACCUCCGCUUCAUCAAAGACAUUCCUGGACCCCAUCUCGUCAUUGUCCCCAAGUCAACCCUUAACAACUGGGCCCGUGAAUUUAACAAGUGGAUUCCUGAAAUCAACACUCUGGUAAUCCAAGGCGACAAAGACACACGAGGAGACCAAAUUGCAAACCGUCUUUUUUCUUUCAAUUUUGAUGUCUGCAUUACAUCAUAUGAAGUCGUUAUUCGCGAAAAAUCUGCUCUCAAAAAAAUUGCAUGGCAGUACAUUGUAGUCGAUGAAGCACAUCGUAUCAAAAAUGAAGCUUCGGCUCUUUCACAAAUUAUUCGUCUUUUUUACUCCCGCAACCGCCUUCUCAUCACUGGCACCCCCCUACAAAAUAACCUUCACGAACUCUGGGCUCUUUUAAACUUUAUUCUUCCCGAUGUUUUCACUGAAGCUGAGGCUUUUGACCAAUGGUUUACCCCUGAGGAAACUGAAGAUGGCCAAGACCAAGACUCAAUUGUCCAACAACUUCACAAAGUUUUGCAACCAUUUUUGCUACGAAGGGUCAAGGCCGAUGUUGAAAAGUCUCUGCUCCCCAAAAAGGAAAUCAAUCUUUAUGUUGGCAUGUCUGAAAUGCAAGUCAAAUGGUAUAAGCGUCUUUUAGAAAAAGAUAUUGAUGCUGUCAAUGGAGCUGUCGGUAAGCGCGAAGGUAAAACACGUCUUUUAAACAUUGUCAUGCAACUCCGCAAGUGCUGUAACCACCCAUAUCUUUUCGAGGGCGCAGAACCCGGUCCUCCUUAUACUACUGACGAGCAUUUGGUUUACAAUUGCGGUAAAAUGGUCAUUCUUGACAAGCUUCUAAAGCGACUCAAGGAGCAGGGCUCCCGCGUCUUAAUCUUUUCGCAAAUGAGUCGCCUUUUAGACAUUUUAGAAGACUACUGCGUGUUUCGAGAUUAUGAAUACUGCCGCAUUGAUGGUAGCACCGAUCACGAAGAUCGUAUUGCAGCCAUUGACGAAUAUAAUAAGCCUGACUCGGAUAAGUUUGUCUUUCUACUCACAACGCGUGCCGGUGGUCUUGGUAUCAAUCUCACCACCGCCGAUAUUGUUAUUCUAUACGACUCGGACUGGAAUCCUCAAGCAGAUUUGCAAGCUAUGGAUCGUGCCCAUCGUAUUGGUCAAACAAAGCAAGUGUAUGUGUUUCGCUUCGUCACGGAAAACGCUGUUGAAGAAAAGGUCUUGGAGAGAGCAGCGCAAAAGCUGCGUCUGGACCAACUUGUUAUCCAACAAGGGCGCGUUGGGGCCAACAAUCCUAAUGCCAAUAACCCUAAUAACCCAUCAACCAGCAAAGAUGAUCUCGUGCGUAUGAUUCAAUUUGGUGCAGAAAAUAUCUUUAGCACGGCUUCUGGAGGCACAAUGAAAGACAAUGACAUUGACUCUAUUCUGAAGCAUGGUGAGGAACGAACUAAGGAAUUGAAUGCGCGUUAUUCCAAGCUUGGUCUUGAUGAUUUGCAAAAGUUUACCACCGAAGGCUCUGCAUAUGAAUGGAAUGGCGAAGACUUUAAGAAAAAUGGUCACGCAAUUAUUCCAGUCAAUACCGAAGGCUCCCGAACCACUCGUGGUGCCCGUGCUGGAAAUCAGUUUUGGAUCAAUCCUUCGAAGCGAGAACGCAAAGGCGCUACUUAUUCGAUUGACGAUUACUACAAGGACAUUUUACAAACCAAAGAUAAGACCGCAACACGUACACCGCGGCCGCCAAAGCAAAUCACGAUCCAAGAUUUCCAAUUUUUCCCCAAGCGACUGCGGGAACUUCAGGAAAAGGAAAUGACCUGGUACCGCAAGCAGAUUGGUUACCGGGUCGGACCUUCUAACGAUGGGUCUGGAGAACCCGAUCCAAAAGAACGGGAACGAUUAAAUGCGCUGAUUGAGGCUGCAGAGCCAUUGACUCAAGAGGAGAUUGAUGAGAAAGCAGCCAUCAUUAAAAAAGGGUUUUCCAAUUGGUCAAAGCGUGAUUUGACGAACUUCAUUCACCAAAGUGCAAGGUAUGGAAGAACAGCGUACCAGCAAAUUGCCGGGGAGAUGGACGGCAAGUCUUCACGAGAAGUAGAACGCUAUGCAAAAAUGUUUUGGGAGCAUUACAAGGAAAUUGAGGGCUGGGAGCGAUACAUGGCCCAGAUUGAAACUGGUGAGGAGCGUCUUAAGAAACUUGCUCAUCAACAGAAACUCUUACGGCAAAAAAUCGAGCAGUACACUGUUCCACAAGCAGAAAUGAUCAUCACCUACCCAGCAAACAACUCCAAGAAAACUUAUAACGUUGACGAAGACCGGUUCAUUUUAUUAUGCGCAGACAAGUAUGGUCUGGCAUCUGAUAAUUUGUGGGAAAAGGUACAGCAAGACAUUAAAAAGUCGCCACUGUUUCGGUUUGAUUGGUUUUUCUUGUCGCGAACCCCUGUUGAACUAUCACGUCGAUGUGCGACAUUGUUAUUAGCCGUGACGCGUGAAAUCGAAGGGCCCAAUGCCAUGAAGCGCAAAUCGGGACCAAAGCGUGGGUCUUCCAAGCUAGGUACGAAUAUUAUGUCUGCAGCAGAUAGUCCAAGUACGGUUGAAACACCAGGCCCCACAGAAGCUAAAGAGGAUGGUGCCACUCCUAGUAGCACUACCACCUUAAUAGAGAAGGAAAGUGUUACCGUAGAGAAAGUUACCAAGACUAAGGUUACUCAUGAUAAAGUUACCAAAAAUGAUGCGGCUGCAAGUGACGAGAAAGUUACCAAAAAGGAGGAAGAAAAGAUCCCUGCUGAGAAGAGUGAGAAAAAGCAAGAAGUUUCUACAAGGAAUCCUUCCAAGAGCCCAAGCUCUGAGGAAGCUGCCACCUCCAUUCCCAUAAAUUCCGAGGAGAAAUCGUCUGUGCAGCGCCGGGCGCGCUUAGACGAGGACGACUCUGAACACCAGGCGCCUCCAGCCAAGCGACCACGUAAUGACUCUCCUGUGGAAAAAGGUGCCAUAAUAGAGGCAUCUGCAACACCAACUCGCACAACAACAUCCAUUUCAAGUUGA